UUUGCGCCGCUACUAGUAGGUGCUAGUCUCGCCUCGAGCCCAAAUCCAGCCUGCUCGCGUCGGCCGAUCGAUCGAUCAUACCACGGGCCGAUUCGUGGCUCGCGCCGCGCGGCUGGGGUCUAAGCUAGGGUUUACGCUCGCGAAAAAAAAAAAGAAAAGUGUUGAGCGAAUAAUUUGCUCCUAGACCUUUGCUGCUUCUCCCCUGUCGAUAAAGCCGACCACACUGCUCGCGUCCCCCCGCGCCGUUCUUUUCGGAGAUUCCGCUCGCGCGCGCCGCCGCCGCCGCAGCCGCCCGCCGGGGAGCCCGGGACGAGGAUGGAGGUCGUCGUGGCGAGGCAGCCGAAGGCGAAGAAGCAGAUAAACCUCUUCUACUGCUCCGAGUGCGAGGAGCUCGCGCUCAAGGUCGCCGCUAGCUCCGACACCAUCCAUCUCCAGUCCAUCAACUGGAGGAGCUUCGACGACGGGUUCCCCAACCUGUUCAUCAACAACGCGCACGACAUCCGGGGGCAGCACGUGGCGUUCCUGGCGUCGUUCAGCUCGCCGUCGGUCAUCUUCGAGCAGAUCUCCGUCAUCUUCGCGCUGCCCAAGCUGUUCAUCGCCUCCUUCACGCUCGUGCUGCCUUUCUUCCCCACGGGCUCCUUCGAGCGCGUCGAGGAGGAGGGCGACGUCGCCACCGCGUUCACCCUCGCGCGCAUCCUCUCCAUGAUUCCCAAGUCCCGGGGCGGCCCGACCAGCGUCGUCAUCUACGACAUCCACGCGCUCCAGGAGAGGUUCUACUUCGGGGACGACGUCCUCCCCUGCUUCGAGACCGGGAUUCCGCUCCUGCUGCAGCGCCUCCGGCAGCUCCCCGAUGCUGACAAUAUCACCAUUGCCUUCCCGGAUGAUGGGGCGUGGAAGCGUUUCCACAAGCUAUUGCUCAACUUCCCAAUGGUUGUCUGCGCAAAGGUUCGGGAAGGUGACAAGAGGAUAGUUCGAAUUAAGGAGGGGAAUCCUGAAGGCCGGCAUGUGGUUAUUGUUGAUGAUUUAGUGCAAUCUGGGGGAACUCUUAGAGAAUGUCAGAAAGUUUUGGCUGCUCAUGGUGCUGCAAAAGUUAGUGCUUACGUGACUCAUGCUGUUUUUCCCAAGCAGUCGUAUGAGCGCUUCACUCACACUAAUUCCGCUGGGUCAGCUGACAAGUUUGCGUAUUUCUGGAUCACUGACUCCUGCCCUCAAACAGUGAAAGCCAUCAACCAACAACCUCCAUUUGAGGUGUUGAGCCUUGCUGGUUCGAUUGCGGAUGCCCUUCAAAUAUGAACUUUGUUUUUGGUAAUGGGCUACUCCCAUUUUUCCUAAAUGUUAGAGUUCACUUUCAGCUCCAGUAAAAACAAAUAAUGUGGAGUGAGUUAUCUUAAUUAUGGCUUUGGCCUGACGUCUUCAUAAACAUCUCAAUAUGUGAUGGUAAAAUAAGGCAUUUGAUGCUCAUCUGUUCCUUCUUGAGCAAAGCGCACACAAUCACUGCUUUAUUUCCUGACAUGUAUACUACUGGAGGCUGAGCACAUCUGCACAAGUGCUCGUUUUUUGUCUUGCUCCCGAAAAAAGCGCUUAUUUCUGUCUUAAUAUUGAUAUGACUGUUUAUUAAAACUCAUGUUUUAUUCUA